AUGGCAGAGAAGUACAGCCGAUGGAGGGACCCGGCGACGGGCGUCCAACCCUUCCUCACGCCGCUGCCUGCCUCGACAGAAUCGCUCCCGCCGCUCGUACAGGUCGUGACGCUGCCGUUUGCGGCUGUACUAGGAGGCCUGAGGACGCUGCUGGUCGUCCUGCUCCUUCUUGCUCAGACGGUGCUCGUUGAGGGGAUUUACGGACUUCUCCGAGUCCUUCCUCCCGUACAUGCGCCCCUGACAAGGGCGGCGAAUGCCGGCAUCGCAAGGCUGAUCCUGGCUGUCCUGGGCGUUCUCUGGGUCAACGUCGAGACUGUCCAGCUGCGCAAGACCGGGCGCUCGCCCCCCAAGAUCCCCUUCGACCCGAAAAAGGGCGACCUUAUCGUCGCAAACUCGUCGUCUUACGUCGACCUGCUCUAUCUGGCGUUCCGCUACAAUGCCUCGUUCAUCCUCCCCGUCUCUUCCGCCCAAGGCAAGGUUGUCGGUUGGCGUCGCGUCGGCUUGCUUGCGGCUGCCUGGGCGACAGGAUCUCUGCCUCAGCCGCAAGAAGGAGCUGAGAGCCUGAGCGACGCGCUGACGAACGCACCUGGGCCUGUAGUGCUUUUCCCCGAGUGCACAACGUCAAACAACCGCGCGCUGCUCAAGGUCCCGGACUUGGCCGCGCCGACCAAGGGCUCGAAGGGCAGUCUCCCUCGCAUCUUCGUACUUGCUUUCAAGUACCCUCAACCGACCCGCCUCGCACCCUCACUCACCUACCCGAUCCCCUCAUCCUCCUUUAUCCGCCUCCCCCUCGCACACAUCUACUCGCUCACGUCCCGCCUCACGCCUUACACCUUCACCGUGCGCCGGCUGCACCCCUCCGAAUCGCCGACGAGCUGGGACAACCUUGGCGAGACGCUCGCGCAGACGGCGAGGCUGAAGAAGGUGGUUGGGCUUGGGUGGGUCGAGAAGGGCGCGUUCCUCGAGUUUCGGCGAGUCAAGGGGCGGUAG